AUGAAAUUAGAGUUGAAGGACAGUAAGUACUUUCUAAGUGCUAAUUUAUAUCACAACUCUAUAACGUUAUCUGUGAUUAAGAAGACAUCCAAUUUUCGAGAAGCUGUAAAAGUGGUGUCUGUCCCUCUGGUAGCACCGGGUGAUGAUCAGGUGCUCAUCAAGAAUAUCUACGCCGGUGUUAACGCCACUGAUGUCAACAUAACUGCUGCCAGAUAUAACCCAAACGCAGAGUUGCCUUUCGAUGUGGGACUAGAAGGUCUGGGUGUUAUCGAAGCAGUUGGCAAGAAUGUAACCACCCAUAAAGUAGGACAGAAUGUCAUUACAUUUGGUGUCAAUCCUCCCAGGGCUUAUUCAGAAUAUUUGGUUAUAUGUAAACCCAGAAGAAGUGAUACCAAUUCCGAGUCUUAAACCAGAAUUUCUUGGAUUAUUAAUCGCGGGUUUAACAGCAACUAUUGGAUUGGAUGAGUUGGGUCGCAUUCAAAAAGGAGAUAAAGUGUUGAUUACAGCUUCUGCAGGAGGAACGGGACAUAUUGGCAUCCAAUGGGCU